AUGGCAGCUCCUGGACGACGCAAUCAAGCAAGGAGUGACCAGCAAGGCAGAAAGCGAGAUCGUCAAUCGUUCGAUGACGUUGAACUCCGGCGCAUCGACGAGUUGGUGUGGUCAGGCGAAUCAUUUGCCGCCAUAGCGAGGAUCAUCAACGACGAACAAGGUAAAGGACGCUCGGGCAAAGUGAUCUCGAACAAGUGGAGGACGUCUCAAGGCCCAUCUCUUGUUCCUGUGAUGAUUCCCCUUGAAGCCGUCGAGGACCUGAUGCGCUUUGUCCGUAGUAUUCCACACUCCUUCGAUUGGGAUAUCGACGCCAGCGCUGAAGUGCUUCGUUUGAUGAGCGAAGUGAAAUAUGCGAGAUCGAUUGCCGUACAGGGCGGUGACACGACGGCAAACGUGUUGAUGUGCGGCAACCAAGUCAAAGCCAUCCAUGGCUUCGUUAAGGAAGACACGAGCUGGAAUGUGCUUCAUUUCCUAGCCCAGGAGCGUGCCUUUUUUGACCACGUAGUUAACCUAAUUGCGAACCUCGAAUGUUUUCCAGACCUGGCUAUGGAGAUGAAGAACUGGAACGCCCGAGGGAAGGACACAAUUAUUUUCGACCAUAUUUUGGGGACGGUGGGCGGCGAACUUCAGCCAGCGACGUCCGGACCAGUGAUAUGCGUCAAGUGGACGUGCUUCGCGAAGCUACUUUCGACGUGUGAGAUAACAAAUGGUGUGUCGAUCCAACCAGACCUGAAGUGGUGGAAACCGAAGGCGUUGCCAGAGCCGCGACGGACAGUCAUGUUCAUUGAAUUACUCGACGAGAUUCAGAUGCGACUUCAAGAGUCCAUUUCAGGUGUGUUUACAACAAUGGAUGAUGAGUUUAUCAUGUUUCCAGAGGUGCAUUGGUUUGACGACGAUGGCAUGGACGAGAGCUUCAAAUCCAGCCUCAGUCCCAAGCUGGUGGAGGCUGCAAGCAAUUUCAUUCUCGUGGACGAGCUACCGCGACUCAGCCCGACCACGAUACUCGUCAGCAAUUGGCACAAGUCUGCGACCAAACACAUGGUGGAGGUCAUUUUCGCGAACACGCCUGUUACAGCGCGCACGAGAAGUGGACACCAUCAUCACAUGCUCGCCGGCAAUGCCCUCGCGUGCUCCGGCAACGCUCUCAGCUCGAUCGCGACGCCACCACUGCAUUCCUUCUGGCCGCGAAAACAAGUGCUCUCUUUACCUGGGACGUGUCACAUGCCACAUGCCACCCACCCUGCAAGCCGCGGCUCACCAUCUCCACUCAUCGCUGACCCGCUCUAG